AUGAUUCCCACAAAUAUAAACAAAUUUGAACAGGCUUGGCAUAUUACUGCUGGCGGUGUUAUUAAGCUUUCCUGCGUAUUACAUUUGUCAGAUGUUAUGGGAAGAUGUGGAAAUACAACUCAAAAUUGGUUCUCAGCAAUCGAGAAAGGCGAUCUAUCUCUGGUACGAAAACUAUGGAAGGAUAUAAGUGAUAUUGAUGUCACGGAUACUUAUAUUCUGAAUAACAUAAAGCAUGAAAAUGUUACUGGAUUGAUUAUUGGUGCUCAUUACGGCUAUACGGAUGUGGUUAGGUGGCUUUUGAAAAACAAAGCAAAUGCAAAUUGGGAAACAAAUCUUAAAUGGCGUCCAAUUCAUUUUGCAGCUAAGCGUGGUCAUUGUGCCACUGUGGAUAUGCUUUGCUGCAGUGGAGCAGUUGUUGAUCCAGUUACAAUGGAUAAUGAAACGCCUCUGUCGUUGGCGCUACAGUCCCACAUGCGAGAUACUGUACGCAAGCUCGUACGCCUAGGAGCACAAACAAGCAAAAAUAACGAAGGUCUUGCUUAUCACUGUGUUUAUCGUGGCAUGCUAGUAUCUGAUGACUCAUCAAAAACUCAUGAAUGUAUGGAUACUAAUCGUGACAAAGACUCGCAGUUACGGGGUCAGAGUUUGCGAACCAAUUCACCAUCCGUACUCCCCAUCGUUUCUUCACCAUACCUAAAUGACAAUGCUGAAGAUUUUUCAGUUGCAGUUUUUGAUAGUCAAAUAAUCAUGAAUCAGCUUCAAUGUCAAUCGACAAGUUAUGAUUUGGAACUUGCCAGACGAAAAGAGAACUUAUCAGACGCUUACCUCUCUUGCCGUGCAUGUCACAACAGUCAGCUAACCAAUUCAUCCAAAUGA